ACGUUGUGGAUAUCUGAAAUGUUCAUUUUGACUAGGAAGAAUUGAAUUACGGAUAUCUGUAGUGUAUAUCCAGUCUAGCUGUUAAAUGUUAAAACGGUUUGCCACUUGCGCUCUUCGACAGUAUUUACGGGACUCCGGUCGUAUCUUCCGCUGACGUCAGAAGACCCGCUGAAAUUCAAAGUUGGAGGAGGAGACUGAAAGCAUAAAACAAGGUUGUUUCUUGUUUUCGUGUCGGUUAGCGUUCACCUGUCUUUUUACCGUUUCACACAGACUUCGUUUUGCAGCUCAGUAUGGAAGCUGCCGAGGACAAUAAUGGUGGCAACAACAACUUGAAGAGACAGAGAGCACCUCUGUCAGACUUUGAAGAUAAUCUCCUCUCACCAUCAGAGAUGAAUGAUGGCCAGAAGCGGCGGCGUCUGGAGACAGCUGGCCAGGAGAACUGUACUCCCAAACCAUCCUCCUCUAGACGCCUAGCUGAGCAAAACAUGAAGCCAGACACACCGAUGGUUCCCUCAGUCCGCUCCCGAGUUCAGCAGCUCACCCAGAGACAAGACGGAGGAGCUCCUCUGGCCCAGCGGUGCCUGUCAGAUCCUGGGGCUGAUAGCCCAUCAGCCAUCAAGGUCUUCAGAGAGCCUCUACUUGGUGAGGGAGAGUUUAGUCAACGAGUGGAGCGUUUUAAAGUGCCAGUCUUCCAGGCUAGCCCUGCGCCCACAAUGAGCCCUGCCAACCUCUGUCCGCUCACCAGCUCUAACUUUGUAUCUGGCAUUCAGCAGAAACUCCAGGGCAUUGUGACAUCCAGCUCUAAGCAGGCCUCUGUAAUUCGCCAGGAACGGGAGCAGGAGUUGAACCAGUUGCACUUUCAACCAAUCAGUGAAAAUGCCUGGCUGAAAAGGAGCAACUCUGAUCCCUCGUUAUCUCAGCAGGGAAGGACUCCUCCUGGUCCCUCAUCUACCCCCUCCUGGGUUCCUAGAUCUAGACUGAGAGUUCAUUGGCCUCCCAUGAAGCCCGGGGAUCAGGUAGAUGAUGAUGCUGUGAUGAAGGAUGGCAGCUUCACUGAAACUGCUACAUCAGGUGUUGAGAAGCAAUCUUUAAAUACAACAACAGGUGAAAGGAAACCUUGUGACUUUGAAGCCCCUCCAGCCUCUGUAGAGCUAGAACCUUCUAAUGAAGGGAAGCUGCAAAUGGAUUUGGAGGAGCAGAAUACUCAUCAGGGUGAAGAGUUCAGGGAGGGGAAAGAGGACAGACCUUCAGUUGAAGAACAGCAGCUAUGGUCCCAUCAACCAGAGGCUCAGACUGUAUUGCAGUUGUCCUUUAGUGAGGAUCAGAGUUUCUCCAAACCACCUUGUGGUGAGGAUCACAAUGUUUCAGAGUUGUCUACCGGUGACAAGCAGAGCUUGCUAGAAUCAACUCGUACAGAUGAGUCAAAUGUGAAUCAAACUAGCGACGUUUCCAAGGUAACAGACCAUAAUGGGUCAGAGGUGUUUUCAUUAGAAGAUGAAAUGGUUGAGUCUUCACACAAUGAAGAGGAGAUUGAGCCCUCGACAGAUGAGGAGUUAAGGUUGUGGAGAUAUCCUUCAGACAAAGUGUGCAAGCAGGAAGAGUCUAUGAUAGCUGAAGACCAGGAGGAAGGUGUAUGUACUAAAGAGGAGCGAGAGGAGUAUGAAUCAUCUAGAGUGGAAAAAGAGAAAGGAAGUGGUGCUGAACAUCACAGUGAACCCUCUCACGUCCAGGAUGGUGAAUGUCAAAUGGGUGAUGUGUCUGCUGAGACUGCUGGGUGCUCUAACACACAGGAAGAUGUGAAACCCAGAUCAAAAGAAACAAUGAAACAAGACAAGAAAAACACAGGAUGUCCCAAUGAGGAUGAUCGAUAUCAACAGUCAAAGCAGAUAGUCGAUAGUAAAGAAGAAGACAUGGAACUGGAGUCUGACAGGAAAGAAGAGUAUCCCUUUAUAGAUGUAGCUCAGGCCAUGAAAGAAACACAGACAGGGUACAUAAAACUUGAAGGAAACACUGAAGAUGUAGCACAGCCUAAGGCAGAGACUGAACCAUCAGAAAUGUAUAGAAAUGAUGGAGCUCAUACUGUGACCGCGGUCCGGGCGUCAGAUCACAAGACUGGAGAAAUGGAGCUGCAGCAGGAAGCAGUAAAUGGAAGGCAGGGUAUUGGAGAUGGGCUGACAGAUGAAAUUUACAAGGCAGAGGGAGGAGAAAGCUCAAAGAAAGUCACGUUUAUCUUGGAGCCCAAGCUAAUCAAUGGCUCAAGCUUGUCUGAGACCAAUACCUCCAUGGAGUCCAGGAGAGAGACAAGUAUGUCAGAUGCUGAACUGAGCUCUCAUGAUGAGACCAACACAGCUGAAAUAAUUGACCAGAUGUUCGAGGAGGUGCUGGAAUAUGCUGAAAGGAUAGAGGACCAAAGGGGGGAUGAUGAAGACACAGAGGACCGCGACAGUGGCAUUGGUGUUUCCUCUAGAGACAAGGAUAAAAUGGACACAGAGUCAGAGAAGGAGAAAAGUGAAGAAGAGGGGGAGACCAAAGAUGAAGAGUGUGAUGAGAGCAAGAAGCUUGAAGAUGAACUGCUGACUUUCCCUCCCAGUGGCAUCCUCUCUCCUCUCAGCAAGUCUGUAGAGGCUGUGGUCACCCCUCUGCGACUAGAAGCCAGCCAGGAGUCCAAUCCUCCAUCUCUGCUCCUGACUCCAGAAGAGACCACCACCCCUCCUGCUGAAUCUGCUCCUCUGUACAGUAUUGAUGCCUACCGCACACAAAGGCAGAGUAAGCCGACCACCAUUCAGAGUGUCACUCCUGGGGUUCAGAGACGAGCUCCAGAGAAGUCCCGACCUCAACCCUCCAUCAACACCAAGGAGAAAAUUACGGCUCUAAAUGAAGAAGCAGGGAAGCUGCAGACUGUGAUCAACCAGACCCUGCAGGCUCUGAGCUGCUGUACUGACGAGGAGCACGGACGAGGCUCAGUGGAGGAGGCUGUGGCUGAAAAACUACUGCUAGUCUCCUGUGAGAAACGAUCAGCCCUGCUGGCGGAGGUGGACAGACUGAGGGAGGAGAGGAGUUCAGAGUCUUCAGAGGUAGCAGGGGAGGACCAAGAGUACGUUACCCAGCAGCCAUGCAGAGGGACAGUCAGCAUCACAAACAUCCAACUGCCUCUCAAGGUGGAAUUUGUCUGCUCCUCAAACAACCGCACAGGUCGGCCAAGUCACUACUUCUUUGUUCUGAUCCGUUACGGGCCCUACAACAUCGUCGCCACCCCGCUGGCUACGGCUGCUGAUGCUCAGAACGGAGACACCAUCUCCUUCCAGACUUCUGUCACUCUGAAGGAUAUUCGCUCAACUUUUGAGAUUGAUGUGGAAGUUUACAGCCUGUCCCACACUUCACCUAUUAACUGCAGCAUGGACCGCACCACCACCAAGUCACGGGUAACUCCAAGAAAGCUUCUGAAUACCUUAACGAGAUCCAGCAACAGUCUGACAUCUGCUGCUCUUCCUGCCAUCAAUACUCGUCGCUCCAGUAACUUUUGUCUAGUGGGUUCCCAUAAGAUCACCUUGGCCUCACUGGGACACAGCAAGUUCCCUCUGGAUAAGAUGAAACUUGAAGGCAAAAUCAGGAGACUCCUGGGAGAUGAAUUUCAGGAAAAGGUGCCUUUUCUUUCUCCUCUAGAGGGCAACAUCUACCUAAAACUGGACAGUGAGAGCCACUCUAAUGUGCAGCACCAAGGCUUCCUGACGAUGUUUGAGUUGAUCGGUGGGUUCGGUGUGUGGCGUCGUGGAUAUUUCACCCUGGAGAGAUACACUAUGUACUACUGGAACCACCCCAAUGACAAAGAAACCAAGGAAGCAGAGGGCAGCAUCUCUCUGUCCAGCUCCCCCAGUCAGUGUGUCAGGCCUGUCAAGAGGGACUCAUGCGCUCGACCUUUCACCUUUGAGCUGGCAAGCAACAUCCCGCAGCAGCAGGACGACAGCCAGGAAGCCUUGGCCAAGUGUUGGUUUGCAGCCGACACCAAACAGGAGAGAUCAGACUGGAUGGAGAAACUCAACCAAGCUCUUUUGGACUUUCACACAUGGAACCGAACAUCAGCAACCCAAUCAGAAAGUCAGCAGGCCAGCGCAUCCAGCGGUGGGAACUUGAGAGAGAGCAUACUGUAACUAAAUCAUUACACAAUCUGCUGUUUCUUCCAGUUUCUGCUGGCAGGGAUCCAUGAGGGCAUCCUGGAAGCAGCUUUUAUGUGGCAGGUAAAUGAGCUGACAUCAGGGUUUUGAGGAGAUGAGCUUUUUCUCACUGAAGUUGCAUACAUAUAGCCAAGCAAAGCCUUGCGUAUCUAAUAUUGAUUUUUCUUUGGGAGAUAUCUAUUUGAUUUUCAUACUAUUGUUUAUUUCUUUUAAUCAGAAUCCAAUCAAUAUUGUUGGUUUUGACUUUUAUUUGCUAAAUUACAGUUUGCCAUUGGAAUAUUUUUAGUUUUUCUUUAUCAUGAUUCUGUGGGAAUCUGAUUUUAUUUUUACUUUUUUCUGUGGCAAUCAGCUGCUUUAGCCUGUUGGUCACUUUCAGUAACUAAGAUUGAACAUCUCUUGUAGCUUUAUAUAUUUUUGAAAAUAAUUUACACACAUAUUUAGGUUUAUAUUGUAUUUUUGUAACAUUUAAACUGAAAGAAUAAACAAAUAUAUAUAGACACACUAAUAAAUACUGAAGGAUAAGGAAACCUUUAACUUUACUAAUCUAGGGUAAGAAUGUAUUUGAAAUGGCAGGAAACACUACAGAUUAUUAAAAUGUGGAAGGAAUACUAGCUGGUGUUGGAAUGGGAGCUUUUCUUUGUCAUUCAGAUGUAUAGCAUCUGCUUCUGUUUGGUGAAAUAAGUUUUUGGUCAUCGGUGCAUCGUGUCAGUACAACACAACAGUUGUUGGUGUCUCUGGGUUUUACUGCCUCCCACUGUCCUGAAGUGUGAAAUCCUCUUCUUAAGCAGAGGAUUUGUGUAACUGCACAUAUGUAAACCCCAUAUAUCUAUAUAUGCAACGCCAUGUUGGAUAUAUAUAUAUAACACAGUGGAUUAGAGCACUGGGGAGGUAAAAGAGGGGGAUGGAGUUAUGCUGCUACAGUGAAUGUAAUCUGUUUUCUGUCUGAUGUCCUGCUCUUUUCCAUGUAUUUCCACCUAUCAGUCUGACACUUUGUUAUAACUGUUAUUCAUGUGAACUCUUGUUCUAUGCACUUAAUUGAAGGUACCAAUAAAAUAAAUGGAAUGAAAUGGCUUAAAAAAAAGAAAAUUGAUGGACUUUACAUGCAGUUGCAAAUGCUGGCACUAUCAGUGGUUCUCAAACUUCUCGUGUCAUGUCCUGUUUUGGAAGUCUCCUGCAUAUAAAUGAAAUAAACUAGCAAUCAAUAACAAAUCAUAUGAAAAUUAAAAAUGCAAGUUUUGUGUCAAAACUAGACACAAAAGAUACAAAUCUCGAGAGCAAGAUAGUCAUAUCUGACAUGUUUGCUUAGUGAGCAUCACCUGUUUGUCAUGUCUUGUCAAAAAUCUGUCCAUCUUGUAUAUGUUGUUCUGUCUGAAUAAAUAACACAAAUAUGCACCUCAA